AUUUUCACAUCAAAAUCACAUGCGGCAGUUUUGUACUAAUGUUUUGGUAAACGAGAAGUUAGCGGUAUUUCGUCGAGUAGCUUGGUAGCAACAACAUGGCUGUCGCACUGUCGGAAUCUGUCGCCAAAAACAUUUCAAACUUGCCAAAAGAGGAGGGUAAGGAGUUUUUAGCCAGACAACUGGACCUGAAGAGCCUACAGGAUGACGAGAACCUGAGAAAUGCUGUUUAUGUAGACUUUCUAUAUGACAACUUAACAUUUGCAGUGGAAAAAGGAUUUUCGUGGAAGCAAGUCUGUGCAGUUGUGACAUUUUGUGAUGGAAUUCUGAAAGAUUCAUCAGACAAAGACCUGACAGAUGCUCUUCACUUUCUAAAACUUCAGUCCUUUGAAUUAUCAGACAUACUUGGCAAGAGAAAUUUUCCCAUCUACACAGACUAUAUAUUCCUGACCUUUCUUAGACAUUUCAAACUUUUCAAGUAUGUGUUUACAAAAGAAAGAGAUAUUUUAAAACCAAAUUUGGCCUUAAGAGUGGAAACCCCUGCAGAUCCUGGUAACAUGAAAUCGAGUAAACCCAAGACUGUGUGGGAGUAUGAGAGGCAGUACGAAGGCAUUCAGAGGACAGAGGUGGAACACACAAACAAGCGACUAGAGCAGAAGGCAAAAACUCUGGAAACAGCCGAGACACGGACCAAAGAACGACUGGAGAAAAUCUCUGGUGUCUCCACUCCCCUCAGUAAAGAGAAAGUAAGUGAGUUAAUUGGAGAAGUCAUUGGUUCUUAUACUUCGCUUGUUGUGGAGAAGGUCAAGUGUAACAUCACUGAUGUGCAAGAGGACCUGGCAUUCAAACUUGAGAGAACCAGUUUACCACGGCCUCAGGAACUAGGUCCACCACCACGAUUUAACCUUAAACCCAAAACACCAUUACCAACUCCAAAGAAAACACCUCCAAAGAGUCCGAAAAAUGAACGCAAAAAGUCGGGAUCAAAAAGUCGAAAUAAAUGAUCAAUGUUAUUGGUUGAAUGAUUGUGAUAUAAUUGUCAGAAUCUGAUCUUUUGUGUGAAAAAGCAAUGUCAUCAUUUGCUGCAUGAUCAUGGACUUGUUUACUACAACAUGUUGUUUCAUCAGUCAAUUAAAUAAACAAUUUGCCAUCA